AUGAUCAAGUCAAUGCAACAACAAUUUCAAAGGUUUAAUGUUGUCUUUGAUGAAAUUAAAGACAAAUUAGAACUUCAGGACGCUGCCAUCCAAGAACUCCGAAACCAAGGAGGAAAUGCGCCCGUACGGGAAGGGGGUAACGUUAGAGGUGGUAGGAGGGUUCAUAGGGAGUUCCUGAGGGAUGAGGAAGAUGACUUUGAGGAGGAACCUGCUGACCGUGAUUGUGGUAGAAGGAGAAAUAGGAAUGGGAGGGACUAUGAAGAGGAAAAUAAUAACAUAAGUGGUAUUAAAAUGCGAAUCCCUUCUUUUCAAGGUAAAAAUGAUCCUGAGGCGUACUUAGAUUGGGAAAAACGGGUAGAAAGGGUUUUUGAUUGUCAUCACUAUUCUGAGCGCAAAAAGGUGAGUUUAGCCGUAGUUGAAUUUAGGGACUACACGAACACUUGGUGGGACAAUUUAGUGGCUAGUAGGCGGAGAAAUAGGGAGGGAGCCAUUGUGACUUGGCGUGAGAUGAAAGUCGUUAUGAGGAAGCGGUUCGUGCCAGGAUGGUACCACCGCGAGCUUUACCAAAGACUCCAAAGCCUUUUACAAGGAUCAAUGACCGUUCAUGAAUACGAACAAGAAUUGGAGACUUUGAUGUCUCGAUUGAGGCAUGAUGAAGAUGAAGAAGCCAAGAUGGCCCGUUUUGUGAAAGGCUUGAACCAUGAUAUUGCUGAUAUUGUGGAGCGAACCCCUUAUCUUGAUUAUGAUGAACUUUUUCAGCUUGCAGUUAAAGUUGAAAAGCAACUACGGAGGAGGAAAACAGAACGCUACCAAUUGAAAGAACAACCUAAGCAGUGGCGAUCCGAAAAGGGAAGAGGGGAUGGUAAAGGUGAUACAAGCACAAGAGUGGAGGGUAGCUCGCGACGACCCUCCAAUGAUAUUCCUAAGCAACCUCUAGAGCAAAAAGGCAAAGAGAAGGCCGAACCAUCCACACGGAAGUUGCGGGAUGUGAAAUGCUAUCGUUGUUUAGGAUACGGUCAUUAUGCUUAUGACUGUCCAAACAAGCGGACUAUGGUGAUGAAGUCAACUGGUGAGGUACAAUCAGAAUCCGAUGAGGAGCAAAUGGUGGAAGACACGUCCCUUGUUAGUGAGGACGAACAACAACCAGCCGAAGGAGAGCUCUUGGUAGCCCGUCGAGUGCUAAGUUCUCAAACUAAGGUUGAAGAAGACCAACGUGAAAACCUCUUCCAUACACGUUGUGUUGUAAAUGAUAAAGUCUGCAGUCUCAUUAUAGACGGCGGUAGUUGCACGAAUGUGGCUAGCACAGAAAUGGUAGGAAAGCUCAAUCUCAAAACUAGCAAACAUCCGUGCCCGUACACUCUACAGUGGCUUAACAACUCGGGAGAACUCAAGGUGGAUCGACAGGUAGUUAUCUCAUUUACAAUUGGUAAGUACGAGGACCAAGUAAUGUGCGAUGUAGUGCCAAUGGAGGCAGCCCACAUUUUGCUUGGGAGACCAUGGCAAUUUGACAAAAAGGCACUACACAACGGCCACCUUCCGGAGGCUAUCUCUUCUUUAUUGCGGGAAUAUGGCAAACUCUUUCCAAAAGAGAUGCCAAAAGGCCUACCACCUAUCCGGGGAAUUGAGCACCAUAUUGACCUCGUCCUAGGAGCACCAUUGCCGAACCGGCCAGCUUAUAGAUGCAACCCCGAAGAGACUAAAGAAAUCCAGCGCCAAGUAGAAGAGCUGUUGGCAAAAGGACACAUCCAGGAAAGUCUCAGCCCUUGUGCAGUUUCAGUGUUACUUGUGCCGAUAAAGGAUGGGAGCUGGCGGAUGUGUGUGGACUGCAGAGCCAUCAACCAAAUCACGGUAAAGUAUCGCUUCCCUAUUCCUAGGUUAGAUGACUUACUAGAUGAAUUGCAUGGCUCUCGUGUUUUCUCUAAAGUUGACUUAAAAUCUGGUUAUCACCAAAUCCGUAUACGUGAAGGCGAUGAGUAG